AUGGCCUCAGAGGCACACACCAAGUUGGACUUCGCCAUGCUGGACCGCGCCAGUUUGCGGCAACGGAUGGAAGAGGAGUUUGACAAUGUGAAGAAGACGCUGUAUCGUCAGCAGUCCACGUUCCAAGAGAUGGACCUGGCUGUUCAAGGUGUGAGCCGACAAGAUCAGAAACUCCGGGAUUUUCAUGAGAUCCUCGAAGUUGAGCGAAGCGCGCGCAAGGAGCUGGCUGGCAAAGUACAGCAGCAGCAGGAGCAGCUGGAAAAGUUCCGUGGCGUUGUCGAAGCCUGUGGUAGGGCCCUGUUGCAUGGUCAAAUGGGCCAGCUCUGUAGCAAGGAGCCAAUCUCUUUGUUGAAGGGCGACGCUGUUCAGCUCAACAAGGCGAUUCAGGAACAAAGGAAGAGGGAAGAGGAGAGAACGCGCUUGCGUAGGGCAGCCCGUUUGCGCAAGAAGGUGGUAGAGUAUUUGACAAGAUACGACUUUGAUCCUCAAGAUGUGAACGCCGGCGCUUGGUGUGCAACAUCGUGCUUUGGAUGGAAAUCCUACGUGCUUCCGUUACACAAGGCUGUGGAGGAGAAUCGCACAGACAUGAUUCUUGUGCUCUUAGAGUUUGGUGCCGAUCCCAUGUUGCGAGAUGGUAAAGGGCGCAACGCGUACUACCACGUCCGCUCCGAUGCGCAGCGUAUUCAAAUGCAGAUGCAACACCUGAAGAUACGCGAAGAAGGCAGCUUGAAACUGUCUGAGUGAAGGAGCACAAUUCCAAAAUGGGUGUGUCUGAAAAUGGCGG